AUGGAUCAGGAAGCACUCUUCGUCAAGGUCAGGAAUCGCCAGAGGAGCGCGUUUCUAUCCUGGAGGACCGACACGACGAAGAAGCAGGUCACUCCCAAGAAGGGUCGGGAGAUCCGCAGCAUCCCACAGGAGUGGAAGGCGGCUUUCGACGCGAGCGACCUGGAGGAGUGGCGCAAGUGGGUCGAGUACGACGCAGUGGACUGGCCUACCGAGGAGGAGCUCGCGGGGGUGGACAAGCCAGCGAUCCUGCCCAUGAGGCGCGUUCGCACGGACAAGAACGAGGCGACGAGGGGCAACCUGUCGUGCGAGCAGCACCCGCUCAAGUUGCAGACCAACGCCCCCGCGCUGACGGACACGGCCACAUCGGUGAUCCUGCAGGAGGCCGCUAGCCAGUCGGGUUGGAGGCUGGAACAGGGCGACGUCGACUUGGCAUUUCUGAACGGGAAGUACCUCGACAACUCUCGACGCGUAUACUUCCGCGCGCCGAAGGGCGGCCUGCCAGCUGUGCCGGAGAUGGGCUGGCCAGCCGUUCCAGAAGGUGCGGUGCUGAGAGCGAAGAAGGGGAUCUACGGGCUGAACGAUGCACCUCUGUUGUGGUACGAGGAGCAUCGCGACACCAUGCUGUCUCUUCCAAGAGCGUCGAGAUCGAAGUUGCGCCCCGCUCUCUUCAUCUUCCACGACGAGAAUGAGAAGCUGAUCGGCCUGAUCGGGACGCACGUGGACGACGAUUUGGUAGCGGGCUCGCCCGAGUUCUUCGCUAACCAGGUGACCAAGCUGAGGAAGAUGCACUGUUACGGCAAGUGGCAGACGGCGAAGACCGGUUUCCACCACUGCGGGAGAUUCCUCAAACAGAGAGACGAUGGCACCAUCACCUGCAGCCGGAGGGAGUACACCGAGAGCAUCGAGAAGAUUCCGAUCUCAAACGAGCGGCGCAAGGACAAGGAAGCGAAAGCUACACCCGAGGAGAGGGCGAUGCUCCACAGCGGCAACGGCCAGAUCCAGUGGCUGGUGCGAUCUACCCGUAUGGACUUGGCAUUUCGACUGGUGGAGAGUCAAGCGAGGGCUCACGACAGCGACCUGAGGGUUCAGGACUUGCUGGACUUCAACAAGCUAGUGAGCGACGCCAAGACGGACCAUGUGGACAUCACUUUCCAGAAGAUCUACAUAGACGACUCGAUCGUGGUGGCGGUUGGAGACUCGAGCCACGGCAACGUGGGCAAGACGAAGACCGCGAGUCAGGCGGGCCUGGUCAUCCUGCUCGCAGACAACAAGGACGAUCAAUUCCUUCGCGGGAGGCCGGCCAAGGUCACUCCCAUGUUGUGGCGGUCGCACCGUAUCAAGCGGGUGGUGCGCAGUACCCUGGCGGCCGAGACGAUGGCGGCGCUGGAGGCGGUCGAGAGUGGCGACGUGCUGAGGCAGCACCUGGUGGAGCCGCACGACGGGCUAGGUUACUGGACCCACAUGGACGACGUGAAGGCGACCAAAGUCACGGACUGUAAGUCGCUCUGCGACCUGCUCCAGAAGCGAGGGGCGGUGCCCUCCGAGAAGCGGCUGCUGAUCGAUAUCGAGUCGCUCAGGAACGAUCUGGAGUUCAACAAGGUGGUGAGCAAGUGGGUGAGCACGAAGCAAAUGCUCGCCGACUGCCUAACCAAGCACGACGUGCGCGCUGGUGACUACAUGAGGUCUGUGCUCCAGACCGGUGAGUACCGGCUGACGGAGGAUCACAUGGCGGACCAGAUCAUUGCGAAGCAGAGGAUGGAGCUCAACGGACGCAGGGGUGAAUACUACCGCUCGAAGUAUCCAAAGAGGCAGCGACCUGCUGACCAGCUCUUUGUUCACGAGGGCUACACCUACUUCGAGGACUGCAUUGCGGAUGUGAGGUACAAUGCGCGUGUGGUGCGGAAGCUGUUGACGAUCUACGCACCGACCAAGGCGGCCCACGAGCGCUACGAGAAGGACUUCACGGAGAAGCACACCAUCAAGAAGCCGAAGGUGACGAACAAUGAGGACUCCAAGGAGGAGCUAGGUGUCACUGAGGAGCUUGGUGCGCACGUCGAAUCGGACGAAAACGUGAAGGAGGAUAGCACCGACGUCGCAGAGAUCUACAUGAUGGAUGCCGCGGGUGCCGAGUCUGAGGAGAUCAAGUCAGGCGCCACUGCAGCUGCGACGGUGACGGAUUCUACUACACCGACGAAGAAGGAGAUGCUGAAGGCUCGCGCGCUACACGAGAGAACCGGACAUUCAUCGUACGAGAAGAUCGCGGACGAGUUUGGCGACGUGAUCGACGAAGGUGUUCUCGAGGCGUAUGAGCUGGUGGUCACGAACUGCGACGAGUGUCGUCGAGGAAAGAAGACCUACGCCUCCGUGCAGCGUGGAGCCAAGGGCAGUGAGUUCGAGACGCACGAGUCCACGAGCAAGGCCAAGGACAAGCUCAAGGGGAAGCAGAUGGCCCGAGAUCGCAUAGGCGAGUGCGAGCACAAUGUGACGACCACACAGGGAAGUAACCAGUAUAAGGACAAGCUCUGGUGCCUGCAGUGUGGCAUGCUGCUAGUGGACACGGACACGACGUGGUGGAAGCGAGAGAAGGCGCAUCGUGAGAUCGAGAAGACCUUGCGUACCAGCAAGGAGAAGGAGAUCAAAGCCGAGAUGAAGGCCAUCCGCCUCCGUGACAUGUACGAGAGGAUGGAGGACAGUAAGGACCACUACGCCGUGUGCGACUACAACGCCAUUUUGGCGAUCAGCACGGGUGUUGCGCGGUUUGCAGCGACGCCUGUCCUUUUGCUGUUGAACUGGGUGUUAGGCCCAGCGCACGCUGAUGCGUGUCACGCUUAG